GACAUUGGCUUUGAGAUGGUUCAGCUUUGCUUCCAAAUAUCUUAGAAUAAGUCAGGACAAAGGAUAUUUGUGCUACUGCUCGAGGGAGAGGCACAUUUGACCCCAGAGAGAGAGAGAGGGAGAGAGAAUAGUGCGCACGGUUACAGCGCUGUAUAAAGACUCAUUAGGCGUGCAAUUGAGUGGAACCAAGGGCUAAAAGGUGCGAAGAGGAGCAAGACAAUAUCUGAAAUCCUGCUUUUUUAUUUCCCAACUUUCAGCUCUCCUUCAUUGUCCUCACUCACUCUCCACAGUGAGUAAAACGCGCGUCCGGCGUAUUGUGCGCUAAAAAUAAGUCAACAGAUGUUCAGGCUUGUUAAUAAUCGCCCAGUAUCCGUGGUGGUCAGUGAGAGCAGUGCCAGUGGGUAUUAAAUCUGGAUAAUUGUUGUUGGGUUGGAAAGGAAGGGGGUUGAAUAUGUAAAGUGGGCGGUGUUAGUUGGGGUGAUUGACAGUUUAUGUAAUGAGCAGCAAGUCUAUAUAUCUGGGAGGAGACACGCCACGGUUCAUUCACGAGUAAUAAGACGAGUGGUGAACAUCCGUGGCGCAUUUACGCACCAAGUUCAGCACCAAAACAAGCUCAGAGCCGCGCGCACGCAGCGGAGGGGACUAUUUGUGGAGUACAGUACCACGCAAAGGAAGGGGACGCCUGCCCACUGAGAGACGCACGGCUGUGGAUAUUUCUCUUUCACUCACCUUUGGAUAACUUGGAGAUUGGGAGCGCUUUCUCUGGACGCUUUUGACGCACGGCGACAAGGAGCUAAGGGAGAACUCCCUGGGAGUGAAGAAGGAUUUAUACGCGUUUUUCAAAAAGAUUUCUUCACGUUUUCCAUUUUGUUUACCUUGGUGUAAAUACUUUGGAAUAGGAAGGUUUUGCUGCUUCAUUGGCUGGUGACGCGGCUGCCUUGGAGAAACGAGAAGGAUGGCAGCCUGGUUCACCUUUACAAUCGCAUUCAGCACCACGUUGAUAACGCAGGUAUAAGCCAGGAUAAAACAAAAUGCAAAUGGAGAGCCACUUUAUUCAUUUCAAGAUCAUUCUCUCCAAGAUGUAAAAACCUCACCGAUAUUUUCCCUUAAACCUCUAUCUGCUUCUCUUUUAGGUAUUUGGCUCUGGUGUUUUUGAGCUCGAUCUGCACGAAUUUAAAAACCACAAAGGUUUGCUGGCAAACGGGAACGCGUGCAAACCCAACUGCAGGACUUAUUUUAGAAUUUGCUUGAAGAACUAUCAGGCUGUGGUGUCGCCAGGUGACUGCAUCUUUGGAAGUACUAUGACAGGGGUGCUGGGGACGAACUCUUUCAGCGCCAAAGACAGUGGCACUUUACCCAGACCGAUUCAGAUACCGUUCAACUUUGGCUGGCCGGUAAGAGCGUGGAGCAAAAACACCCACUGUAUUUGUUUUAUUGCAGCGACCUUAUUAUUUUGGGAUCUGCCGUGCAUUUGUAUUGGUCAGCUUAUCUAAUCCUUCACAUCACUUAAUUCUCCGUCUAAGAUAGAUUUGAUGGUUACCAGGAGGCAAACAUUGUUUUUCUUUAUGAUAUUUUUAACCAUCUGCAGCCUUUAAAUACAAUAAAUGAGACAAUAUUUUAGAAUAACUGUCUAAAUUAUAUCUUUUUGGAAAAUAGUGCAACAGAUUUUAAUUAACUUUAUGUGUUCCUCCUUAGGGGUCAUUCUCAUUAAUAAUUGAAGCCUGGCAUUCACCUUAUGGAAACAUACCUGUAGGUAAGUGCACCGUUUUCAACCACAAGAGGGAGCUCUUCCUGUUCAUUUCACACAAAAAACCUCCUCAACUACUUUUCCAUUCUCCACAAAAACAAGCACCUGGAAAGAGCAGAAAGUGUCAACUAUCAAACCCAAAUCGAUCCCUUAUUACAUCCUAGUUUUAUUGUUCAUCAUUUUCACACAUUUUCACGACUAUUUGCUCCUUUGUUAUGAACUUCAGAACACCUUUUUCAUUCUUAUACCAAAUACAAUUGAACUUCCUCUGGUUUAUUUUUGGCGUGGGAAAGAGCAGUGGGCUUUGGUGAGAAUACGCAGCGCCUGCCAAAAAGCCCUGACUGCAUCUUCCUGUAUUUUACACCUUACUCUGUUCCGCCCUUUGGAAGAGGGGACUGGGCCUGGGAAUGUUUUCGCUGACGGAAAAGAAAGAGGAAAUUUCAACCUGAGUUUAUCUUUCAUCUAAGCUGUAUGGGGUUUGAUAAGGGAUGCAGUUUGAUAAUGGGCAGGUUAUUAAAGCAAAAAGUGGAUGACUUUUGAACUCGCGGGCCAUUUAUGAUGCACUUGUUGACACAAAACCUUAGAAUUACUGGAACAUCGACGAAAUAUCAAAUAGUAACCCCUGCUUCCUGUAUCUUUUCCCCUCUUUCAGAUACCAACAACCCAGACUUCCUGAUUAGCUUUUUCGCCAUCAAAAAGCAACUGGGUGUAGGGACCGAUUGGUCUCAAGAAAUGCAGAUGGUAAAACAGACAGAGCUGAGAUACUCAUACAGAUUCAUCUGCAAUGAAAGUUACUACGGAGAUAGCUGCUCCAAAAAGUGCACGCCCAGGGAUGACCGAUUUGGACAUUACACCUGCAACCGGAAUGGGCAGCUGUCCUGUCUGCCUGGCUGGAAGGGGAAAUACUGCGAAGAACGUAAGAGACUUGAUAUCUACUAUUUAGCCUGUUUGCGACUAGCUGAUUCACUUUUAUUUGCAGCCUGGUUUUGUUUUUGUUCAUUUCACUUGGUUUUGAGGGCCUGGUUGUUGUCAAUUUAUGGUGACGUCUUAGGACUGGGUGGAAAGUCUUCACUAAGAGGUUUCCUUUUGCUGUUUCACCUUUGACCCUCAUCAAUUUUGUUCUGUUCCUCAGGAGAAGAAAAGAUUUCUGAGCAAUUAUAGAUAUUGGCUGCCUCAAAGCUGUAAAGUCAUUCUUGGGUCAUUAUCAUUAAGGCCACAAGAUCACGACUGCUCUAAUAAGACAUGACGUAAUGAUAGCUGGCAGUUCCAACAGGCAAUUUGGGUGAAGAGAGCAUUUGUCAGAGAUAUGCGCCUCGUAUAAUUUGCGUGAUGUGCGGGUUUGCGAGUAUGAGACAGCUUAGCAUGACAACAGCUAAACCCACUUGGUGAAAAUCACAGAGCAACACUCCCAUGUUUUUGGAAAGCUCUGAAUAAGCGCCUAUACGAGGAGGCCUGAUGCCAUUUGGCUCCACAAUACCAAGGGCCCUUUUUCACCAAAACAAAUUAAUCAAAGAGUGGAUUGGAAAGAGGCACCGUGAGAGUAAUAGCUACCAUGUGCUGGAUGUAUGCGACCACAUGGGUGACAGCGGAUCUGUCAUCCGUGUCACUCGGUGAAAGAGAAAUUGGCAUGUGCUAUUUUGACUGUGGCGCCAAAUACUAACCAGAUGGGCUCACGUGUUGCAAUUACAGACACAUCAAUCCUGAGUGACUACAGAAAAUAUACAUGUGAAAGAUAGAUGGGGUAUCUUUCAGACACUAUAAUUUCCCCUCUUUUCACCCCUAUAUAUCAAAUUUAAACUUCCUGGCCUACAUGUUUGAGGAGGGGUGAAGAAACUGGGCUUUUUGAGUAUCACACUGUGGGUUUAAGAUAAACACAAGCUUGAAUAAGUGGGCUAUGCUACUCUAAAUAAACAUGGCUGCUAAUGAAAGCUGUGUGCUAAAUGAUAAUUAGCUUGUUAGUGCUAAUAUUUGCUUUCACAAGUCGAAUUGAAUUGAAGUUUAAUCCCACUUUAGUUUAUCUUUGAAACUAUAUACUGUAUAAAGUAUAUGUAUAUAGUAUAUAUGUCUUAGUAUAUAUGUAUAUUGUAAAGUAUAGUAUAUACAGUCUAUGUUUAAAACGCGUCUUUUUAUGCACCUUCAUUAACAACUGUAAGGCGCGUGCCCGGUAACAUAAUCCGUGGGUGGGGGGGAGAGCGCGCGCACUGAUACAGGAGGAGCUCUGGACGACAGCACGCGCCAAGGUUAAUCGCGGCAUUAUUAUCCGCCACGCGCCAUCGAUAGUUAGUCCCCUCCAUUGUUGGGCGCGCGGCGGUGGCAGCUGCAAAUAUGGUUGUGGCAGACCACAAACAACAAUAGUGACAGCUGUCUGCUAUUGAGAGCGAGCAUCUGUUCGGGACUAAACCGGCCGCUUACCGUCAGCAGCCUGAUAUGUAGUCCUGAGAAUCAGUGUCAUGAAAGACCGGUACACUUAAAACGGGACAAACAAACCCUCAACCGACUUUUCCCCCCGUGUGACAGUUGGGGGGUGUGGGGGACAGGUUUAGAGAGGCCUCUUGAACCUAAAAUAAAGUUUGCUAUUUCAGGUCAUCGUAGCCAAUUGGUAUGAAGGUUAGGAACUGUGUAUUUACUUUUUACAGUAUAAUGCACUCAUAUGCCAGGAUUUAACAUCUUAAGUUUCAACAGUCUGAAAGUUUUGUGUCUUGAAAUGAAGUUUCAUUUGUUUUUGUUUUUUCGUUUCAGCUAUCUGUCUGGAAGGCUGCAGCGAGAGGAAUGGAAACUGCUCCAAACCUGGCGAGUGUGUGUAAGUAUGAAUAAUUAUCGAGUGUUGAAAAAGGUGUUGGCUUGUGAAGCGUUGGACCAAACACAUAUGGGAACAGUGGAGUUACAUCCACACAGAGAAGUUUUGGUUUUGUUUAUCUAAAAAAAAUCCAAUUUCACAUCCAAGAUGGUUUUUUAGUGUCAGCAGCUCUUCCUCCUUGAGAUUCUGUUAUCAUUCUGGAUGGGACGUUUCGCCCUUUAGAGAUAAACAGAGACCAGUCUUGACCAGCAAAAUUUCAUGCUACAUCUUCUCAUGUUUCCUUACGUCACUCACUGGCUUCUCUGCUUCCCAUGUUCCCUUCUUGUCACGACCCUGUCUCGCUCACUCGCAGGAAUAUUUCACACACAUACUCCCCCACGCUGUGAGAAACUACUCCUGAAUCCUAUUUUGCCCUCUUUUUUCUACACAAAUCCACGAUUCCCACCGCUAAAACUGACCCAAAAUUGGGGUUAAACCCUUCAGAUACCCUACACUGUAAAGCUGCACCCAUGCCUCUGCUCACUCAGCAGAAUAUGUUGCAACCUUAAAAGUACAUCUAAAGCCACACGAUCUCACAGACCGACAAGGUUUCUGCGCACUGCUCUGAGAAACAGAUAUUCAUGGGAAAAGAGGAAAAAAUGGUCUCACAGUUGGCUGUCUGCCAGACAUUUUUAAAGCAAUUUUUCACCUUACAUUAUCCCUCAUGCGCUGUGCAUACUUUCAUGAUAUUCAAGCAUGCAUUUGCUGUCGUUUCUGCAUUGUUUAUCUGCGAUAUCAGCUGUGCAAUGAUGCCACACAUCUGUGGCUGUGAUACCGUUUCAUGUAGUUAUUCCACUGAUAGAAUUUAAAUUGAUGUGUAUUAACUUAACAUGUUCUGUAAUAGACUUAUAUUAGAGUUUAAUGAUCGUUCCCAACUGUGCACGGCUUUUAAUGUCUCCUCACAUGAUUGAUGACUAGUUUCAUAAUGUAAUCGCAGCCAUAAAGCAUAAACGUCUGCACUCAUUAGUUCAAAGUCAACAAAUGAGUGUUUAUAGAAUUAACAACGUCAGGUAUGUUAUUCUGUAUUGAACGUGCAGAGUAAGUGAUUAAUCAACGGACUUGUUUUGCCUUUUUUUGCAGAUGCAGAGACGGCUGGCAGGGCACUUUCUGUGACGAGUGUAAGAAGUACCCGGCCUGUAAGCACGGCACCUGCCAGCUGCCGUGGCAGUGUAACUGUCAGGAGGGCUGGGGAGGCCUAUUAUGUGACCAAGGUACACCCGACAACUCAGACCACUGCUGCUGGUUCAUUUUAACAGACCUUCUCGUGUUACCUACGCGCUGUUUUCAUUUGAAUUACUUUCAAAGCAUUAGCAAAUUAGGUUUCCUCUUAAAGCUUGCAAGGCUGGCUGCUCAAACGCUCUUCUCUCUCCUUUUAGACCUGAACUUCUGCACCCAUCAUCGGCCCUGCGUGAACGGCGCCACCUGUAUGAACACAGGACAAGGCAGUUAUACCUGUACCUGCCUGCCUGGUUUCACAGGGGUCAACUGUGAACUGGAGAUGCAAGAGUGUGACAGCAACCCCUGCAGGAACGGUGGAAUAUGCACAGUAAGUUGACAUACAUGCAUCAUUUCUUUCAUGGCUGAUUCGCUCUGUUUUGAUCAUCCAAAUAACUCGUUCCUCUCUUUUCCACAGAAUUUGGAGCCCGGUUACAUGUGCACAUGCCCCGAAGGUUUCGAGGGCUCCCACUGCGAGCACAGCAGGCUGACGUGCGCCGACUCCCCGUGCUUCCACAGCGGCAAAUGCUGGGAAAAGGACAAUGGCCGCAGCUACAUGUGCGAGUGUCCCCGCGGCUACACCGGACUCAACUGCGAGAAGAGAGUGGACAAGUGCACGUCGCUUCCCUGCGCUAAUGGUACAGUCUUCCUCCCCUCUUUUCCCCCCCUUUCCCUCCUCACUGAACUUCCCCUCGAUCUUUCUGUCUCCCCCCCUGCAAAUUCCUGCAACUGGAAGCAGAGUGGAACAACAGGAAUCAGUAGGAACUUGGUGUCUAUUGUCCUCCAUGUAAACACUCGGCGGUCCGAGCAGCAGCUUGUAAAUGUCGCCACGGCUCGCUGAUGUUGUUGAUGAAAGGGGACAAAUAUCCAGCGCAGCUCGAUUUCUGUCUUUUUGUAAACAUGGAGGGCUCAGGGGUUGGAUAACAAUACACAGUGUGCUGCGGGCGCAUUGUGGAUUUUAUGGAGAUGUGUGAAAUCAAGAAGCCUCAUGGGGAGGUUUAUAGAGAUCAUGUUGUUUCUGACGUUGAGAUGCCUGUAAUUUUUGAUGCUAAUGCUCGCUGUGUUUGUUGGUGCUAACUCCCUCUCUCUCUCUCUGCUCUGUAGGUGGUCUCUGUCUGAUCCACGCUGGCAUGCGUAUGUGUAGCUGUCGUGCUGGAUUCACCGGCCAGCGCUGUGAAAUCAACAUAAACGAGUGCGCCGGAAACCCCUGCAUCAACGGAGGAACCUGCCAAGACCGGAUCAACGACUACACCUGCGCCUGUCCCGCGGGUUUCGGAGGACGCAACUGUGACCGAGUCCUGGAUGAGUGUUCGCUUCAUCCCUGCCUCAACGGGGGUCUCUGCACAGGGGGAGGCGGGCCAGGCAAACCCCCAGCAGAAUGCGUCUGCGCGUCAGGUUUCACCGGGCCUCGCUGCGAGUUCUUCGCCGCCGUCACCUCUUCUGUAGCCCAAGGAGAGAUCCAAGAUGGCUUCCAGUGGGCGGCGGUUUCCCUGGCUGUGGGGCUGGUGGCUCUCCUGGUGCUGCUGUGUAUGGUCGGCUUCGCUUUGAGGCACAUCCACAGGCAGGCCCGAAGAGACCGUGGCGACACAGAGACUAUGAACAAUAUGUCUAACGUGCAGAAAGACAACCUGAUCCCAGAGGCGCAGCUGAAAAACACCAACCAGAAAAUCGGCCUGGAGGUGGACUGCGAUACAGAGAAAUCAAACUUUAUCCACAAAAACUAUCACUUGGACUCAUAUAACUCUAAAUCGAAGGAGUUCAAGGACGAAAAAUCGCAAGAGGAUAAAAGUCUUAUUUAUGACAAAUGUUUAGAAGAAAAAAUGCCCUUAAGUAGAAUGUACAGGUAAGACCACGUUUGCACUCAAUAACAUAUACAGCAUGUGAUAAUGUGUGUUCGGCUCGGAAACUUCCACUGGUGUCCCGUAUUUAUGAUGUGUACAUUUUGAACCCUGCUGAGCCGUAAUAACUGUUAAUAGCCGCUCUCACUCACACACAGUUGUUUGAAACCAGUAACGAGCCCCAGUUACACUUCCUUAAACCAGAAAACCGCACAUUCUUUAUUUACACUCAGUUUACAUACGUCUGACAUUUAUGUAUCAGCCCCUUUCCUCACUGUGCAUGUGUACCCCCUAAUGCAAAGCUCCACCAUGUGCUUCGAGUUUGUGUCAACACCGAGUGUGAUUUGUGUUUUGCAGUGAAAAGCCAGAGUGUAGGAUAUCAACGAUAUGUUCCUCAAGAGACUCCAUGUACCAGUCGGUAUUUGUUAUAGCGGAGGAGAGGAGGGAGUGCGUCAUAGCAACAGAGGUAAGCCAAAAGGAAAAAUCACAUCUUCAUCAGCAUUUCCGCAGAUCUUUCACUGCCUGCAUCACAGCCUCCCAAAUGCGCAAUCCCUCUUUAAUGCACUUCACAAUUCGAACCCUGGGGAUGAUGCUAUUUGCAGGCGGAGUUAGUUCUGGUGAGAGGAGCUCACUUCAGGGAAUCCAAAUCAUCUGCGUUAUUGGUUUGGUUGAUUUACAGUGGCUAUUCUUUAUCUUGGCCAUAUGAUGACCUGAAGUCUAAACUUAUACUGAUUCCUCACACAUGUUUGGCUCCGCUCGGUCUCAGAGGUGCUAUGUUUUACCGCUGUGGCAUUUAGAGGAAUUUUUUAAGGUGUUCGUUUCCAAGGAAAAUAUGAUGUUGAUAUUGGAGCGUGUGACCUCUCAGAAGUUCAAAAGCUGCUGUGAAAACACAAGAGAUUUUUCCGCUUUAGGGUUAUUUUGGGGGAUUUUAUUUUGAAAGACCCCCUGCUUAAAUAUUCCUCUUCUGUUUUCCCACAGGUAUAAACCGCAAGGGGUCCGAAAUCGAGGGAAGGAGGGCGGAAAAAAAGACACAAUCGAGGCAGAAUUUAAUAUUCUGGAUUGUUUACAAAUGCUGAGAAGAGGCUGGAGAUUGUUUGAGAUGUCCACUGCUGCUCUGGAACACUUGAGAACUGGAGGAAUAAGAAACCUUAAAAAAAAAAAAAAAACAACGGGACUAAGAAACUUUAUGUUGACCGAGUGUUUGUAUGCAAAACAUGUACAGCGAAGGACCUCUCUCAGUUGAGAAACAGACUGGCGGAAAGACUGACUACAGAAAUAUGACAUAUUAAUUUAUAAUCUCGGACAAUAAAAGGAGGUGAAGGUGGAUCAUUGCCCCUUGAGUUUGACCCGGCCUGGUGUGAUAAUCAUGGAGACUUAAACAGCCAACCAAUCAGUAAAACGGUGCCUAAGAUGACCCCGCCCCCCUCCACACUCACUCCUGCCAUCUUCGCCUGCUAUGCAAAACUCAGGGUCGAGACGAGUGAACUCACCCACUGUCACAAUCCAAACACUGAGAUUUAUGAAUGUCUGAAACUAAUCUUCAGCUGUCAAUCACGUGAAAAUGACUGGUUGGACUUUUUAUCUUUUUUUUCCACGUCAGGUGAAGAUUGUAUGCAGCCCAAAUUCACUAGAAGCCUUAAAGAAGAGGGGGUCUGAAUGCUAAAUUUGUGCCCUUGUCUGUUCCUUGGAUCAUUUGCACUACAACCUAAAUCGAGGAAAAUACUUUUCAGUCAACAGGGAUUCGAAGAGAAAACCACAUGAGCGCUAUAGUCAGUGCUGUGCCAGCAAGAUCCAAGAGAAAGUCUGCAUAGAAGUGUUUUUUUUAUGCAACCCGACUGAGGAAAACAAAGAGACUAAUAAACAAGGAGAAGAGACUGUCACACCACUGCCUGCCUAUAAUAAAAUUCAAAAAUACAGAACCAAUAAUGUAAUUUUUUAAAAUGAUUAUUUCCAGAGUUUAAUUUAAAUAUGACACACUGCUCUUUAUAUGUUUUAUAAUAUUAUUUUGUAUAUAAUGCAUAUUUAUAAGGACCAAACUUCUGAAGAAUAAAACUUCCUUGAAAACUGUUUUUAAUUUGAUGUCUGUGAAUGGAAAAAGGAAACUAUUUUUGAGGUGUUUUUAAAUAAUGAAAUCAACAACAAAUGACGAUCAAAUGUGUCUUUCAUUUAUUGUUUUUGGGUUUUUUUUUAUCCGGUUUAGCUUAAAAUGCCACCCUGUCCUCCUUUAAUUCCCGACGUUCUCUGGUAGACCUCGUAAAAUGUGGGCAUGUUUACGAAAAUGAAAUCCAGCUGCCCUGAUACAUUCACACAUCAUAUUUAAUGUUCUGGACAUAAAGAGGAUAUAAAAGCCCCCUGACUGUGGCAUCACUACCUCGAGUGAUUCCUGGAAACGCCCCUGGCCUCUACCACCACUCACCCACCCCUCGUUCUCUCUCCAGCCCCUAAAUUGGCUUGAAAUUCAAAUCCGUUUCCAAGGAUACCACCCCCUCAAGCUGGAAAUGGCGAAACAAAGCCAGGCACAGGGCAAAGGGGAACGCCCCCCACCUCUCAUAAUGCUCACACACACACGCGCGCGCACACACACACACACUUACAACCAACCAAACAGAUGCCGUGGGGGGAGCACAGAGUGAGUCUGCAGUGCCAUAAAAACAGCAGCAUAUGCCAGGCCUCUCGCCCCGUGUGCAUGACACACACAGUGCACAGACCUCCUCCCAUAAAAAAGAAAAACACACAAGCACUUACAGGCUCCCCAACUGCCUGCCUGCCUCCCCUUCAGGGUUAGAGGAGCAAUUUUUCAAUGCUGGGUUCUGUGCUACUCGCUCCUGCAAACAAAGCUGGGGAGACAACAUGGCACCAGAGGGGAGGGGAAACCAGAUGGGAGCUAUGAAUCCAUAAAAAAAGAUCACAAAUUUAGAGAAAUUGACAUCAGCGCAAUCUGAAGAGUCUGUUUUUUUUUUUAAUAGGUUUCAUGGCUUAGUCUGAAGGCCCAUUUUAGGGGAAGUAUUAUCAAGCACAUCGAUUUAACAGAAAUCCUGCAAUAGACGACACCCCUUAAUCGACAGCAAUCAACACUCAGAGCAGAGAAUCUAGAUGCUUUUCCCACUCACACCCCAUUUUUACCAUGUUAUCCCAACAUACUUAUGAAAGCUUAUCUCUGUUUACAGAUUCUAAUAAUGAAAAACAAGGUUAGAAUCUGUAAAUGCAGAAGUAUUAUAUCAUAUCAGAUCAUAUCAUAUCAAAUCAUAUAUCGUAUCAUAUCUUAUCAUAUCAUAUCAUAUCAUAUCAUAUCAUAUCAUAUCAUAUCAUAUCAUAUAAAUCAUAUCAUAUAUCGUAUCAUAUCAUAACACUGUAUCAUAUCAUAUUAUCUCAUACCACAUCACAUCACACCACAUCAUAUCUAUCAUACGGUUCCAUACUGUAUCAUAUCAUAUCAUAUCACAUGUAGUCCACUGUUUUUUCUGGGUUCUUUCUACUGAAUAAAGCCUCAGUGUGACGUGCUCUUUACAGUGAAACUGAGACUCACCAGAAACAAAUGUGCGGAUAUACAUCCAGAGGAGUAUGUUAUGCUUUUGAUCUGAACACACUAAUUGCCAAUAAGGCUGUAAACAAUAAAAACUGCUGAUAACACCUGAAUGCCUGAAAAGAGUUAGCCAUCAUAUCCAAAAGUAUGUGUCAUCACGAUAAAACAUGAAACUUGUCUGUAAAGAGUAAAACUGUUUGGAAAGUGUUCUCAGCUGAAGAAAAACAAACAUAACUAUAGGGGAGAGUGGGGUAAGAUGAGUCAUUUUUCAUAUUUCUGAUCACUACAUCAAGGCUGUUAUAGUUCUGUCUCUAACUAGUGUAUCUGCAUAUAUUUCAAGAGGUUGUUCAUCCCCGCAAACCAACAGAGUGAGUGAUAACUGAUAACUGAUAAUAUAGCAUGCCAAAAAAAAGUGGCCUCCUAUGGUCAACUUACCUCAUGUAUGGGGUAAGUUGACCAUACUGACCAUACUAUGAACAUGAGAAUGUCUUUAACCGCCUAAGACCCGAACUCUUGCAAGGCAUGCAUUUUUAUUUUCUCUUUGAUAUUUAGGCUAAUUGGGACCUGAUGAGUGUAAAAACAAAGAAUGAUCUUUUUACAUGAUGAAGUUUCUGAGAAAAAUGAUGUCCACAUAUGAGGACAUUCGUUUUAAAUUUUGAGAGAAGGCCCUUGUGAACAAAAUUUAAUAUUGUGGUCUUGACAACCAAAAAUGUGAUGUCCACACAUGUGGACGCCAGGUCUUGGGAGGUUAAGUGAUUCAGAGCAUUCACAGCUGUAUUUUGAAAAGAAAAAGUAAAACAUUUUAACAAUCUGAACUGAAACUCUAAUCCUCAGUUGAGUCACUGGCUCAACUUACCCAAGAACUACUAUUAUGACUUUAUUAGUCCUCUAAGCUAAAAUGGUGGACUUCUAUGCUGGGUUUUUGACCUCAUGUUGUAGCUCAUAGAUAACACCAUUGAUGUAUAAAACACAUUUAAAAUGAUCUUUUUUGGUUUGAACACAAUUCUAAUAAAACUUUCAAGAGUGAAAAAUGUUUUUUGGAAAUAAAUGUCUAACCUCUUCACCCAUGUGCUUCUAAUCUCCACAGACUCCAUGAAUUGAUGUCCAUCUCCUCAAUAUUUGGUCACAUGAUCAAUUUCUUUCACCAUUUCCAAGCAACAGAGGGUAGCCCAACUUACCCUCUGGCUCAACUUACCCCACUCUCCCCUACCACAUCAAACUGGACUCUAAAGAGUAAAACUGGUUGGAAAGUGCUCUCAGCUGAAGAAAAACAAAGAGAACUAUAAUGAUGGUCUUGCCUCGUUCUGUCACCUGACCCACCUUCAUCAUCCUCACACCUCAAAGCAGACACACCCACUCGUCUUCACACCCGCUCAUAGCCGCAAACACAUGCUAAAUCUUUGCUCUUUGGCCUCUGGGUCCUCAUUGUACAGCCAAGCAUUUUCAUUGUGUUAUAAUCACAGUAUCCUGUUUGUGACUCGGUGACAUCACUUCCUGUUUCCCCCACAAUCUCUGAUUAAAAAAACUGCAGUACAUGCCGGCCAGGGCCAAAUGGGUUUCUCACGCAUCGCUCUACUCCGACCUGCGCCUGCUUGCACAGUUGACCCGAGUUUUCAGGAAACAACCUCAAAACAAGGAACACAAACAUGCUAAUCAGCUCUAUCUAUCCUGAAGAUGGAGGAGGGGAAAUGAGAGAUACUGAUGUCAUGAAUGGAGAGGCAGGAAGCAGAUCUCAGAUUCAUACGCUACUAUCCUGCUGUGAGGAAUGUGGAAGUGCUUUUAUGUAACACUUGGGUGCCAAACUAUUGCUUUGCUUUAGCUUCUGUUUCAUAGUUGUAGUCUUAUUUGGAGGUAGAACAUGCACAUUAUUAUGUAUGCAUGGGCAGACAAAGUAUACUGACACUAUGAUGCUGUGGUUUGUGACAUUGCCCUUUCCUACACUUGCAGUGGUCUCACUAAUUAACACUAGGUGUCAGUAAGAAACCCACACACAGGAAAUGAGUGUCAGAGUGUGCCAGGAUAAAACCCCAGACCCCACAGCAGCACUCAGAUCUGAUUUUAAAUGAGGAUUUAAAGGAGGAUUUCACUCUGUGACCGCAGAUGUCGAUUCAGAAGUGAAAGUGUAGGGGAGACCAGGGAUGGUUUUAACAAUUUUUCCUUCAGUACCUCAGUAACUCACUGAAUUCUUGAGCUAGAGUUUUCAAUUUUUCAGAUUAAGUACCCACAUGUGUUUGGGUCAAUGACGUGACGCCUAAAUAUUCUGUCCAGCUGUAUUUUUUUUUUAAGUGAAAAAAGGUUUAGAUGCACAAAAAUAUACUUUCUAUAUGUAGUAUCUCUCACAUAUAUGUCGUCACUUCAACUUUUCAAAAACCAGGUCUUAUUUGUAAUUUUUCUGAACUUCAAAGUGUCAAAAUAUCAUGUGGUGCGACCAAUAAUAACAUUAAUUGUAUUAAAUACAAACUGAAAUAUCCAAUUUCUGUAACUGGACAUUAAUACCUGAUACAAUAUGCUUAAGUGAAAUGUAGUUUUGAAGCAUUUUUAUCAGUAUUAUGCAAUUUAAAGAAAAAUUGGUCAGUUAACUAGAUUUAAUAUAGUGACUGUGAUGUUAUAGAGCUAAUAUGUGAGAUCAUUAUUUACAAAAACUCAAAUGAAAUGCAAACACUUUGUUUCUAUCUACUUGUUAUUACUGACAAUUUGUAAAAAACUAUUAAGUAUGUUAAAAAAAAUGUAAUAAUUAUGAGAUAAAAUAAAAAAAUAAAUAUGAAAAAACACCAAAAUUGCGUAAUUUAAAAAUUUAACAUUAUUUUUUGUUUACACAACAUCCUUAGUGUUUGAACUUUUGCAAAAUAUAUUCUCAUUUUUGCUUUUUUAAAAGUGGCAUGUUUCAAAACUCCUUCGUAAUAUGUGCUGCAGUAAGCGCCUGAUGCAUAAACAGAGUCCACACUAUCUGCUUCUACUAUAAAAAGGCUAACCAUUAUUUAGUUAUCGCCACCUGUGUUCAGUUUGCUUUAAUUCAUCGAAAACAUUAGCAAAUAAAAAUAAAGGAGGGACGAUGUAAAAAGCUGCUCUUGCUGUGCACAAACAAGGAACAUCUGCAACUGGGUUAAGUUUAUCCCAGGAGGACUGGCUGCAGAUCUAACCCAGCGAACUGAAAACAGAGUUUUAGACUUUACAUUUUUGCCUAUCCCAAAUUACACACAAUAUUUGCUUACUCAUGCAAAUAUUAAAUUAAUAAAACCCAUAACCCAGGUAUAAACAAAGUAUAAAUAAAUAUCUUAUGCAUAAAUAUCUUAUUAAACUUUUACAAAUAACAGAAUUAUUUCCAGUCAAUUACUUCAUUGUAACUUUGACUGUUACAGCCAAAUUCUGCUCCCUAAAGUCAGAGUUGAAACAAAGAAAAGACAAACCUGCUUUAGAGUUCAUCUUGUCUGUCUGAAGAGCGGUGCUGGUCUCGGAGUCAAGACGGAAGGUUAACAUCCUUGGUACUUCGGUCUGAUUGAGGUACAACACUGUGUUUAAUCCAGCCUAUAGGAAAAAGAGAAACAAAACAGAGUGAAGACUACUUUAAAAGGUCAAGACUAAAGAGAAUGAAAAAGUAGUAAGGUGGAAUUUUAACAUGUUAAAACCAUAGAUACUAUAUCUAUGUCUAUAUACUAUAGACAACUUGGUUCCGCCUCCCGCCUGUAUAUGGAUUUGAAGCCAAAAAGCUCUCGGUAUUUCCAGGAUUUUUCUUCAUUUCCUGAAACCAGCGCUGCGCAGUAGCGUCUGUAUGAAGGGUAUACUGACAAAGAAAGACCCAGAGGCCAACUACAAAAAUAUUGUAAUCAAUAUUUUCAUGGAUAAUGAAGCCUAACAAGGUAUCCUAGAGAUGAGAACCAAAUUGAAUGAUAGAGAAUUGUUUUUAGUGUAAUUUACAACUGAUUUAAGACACGGGUCAAAACCGACCCUCAACAUAGUGGGUGCGUAGUAAAAGCUAACACAGGAGGAAGGUUAACACUAACUUUACACUCAUGUUAGCUUGAUGUUUAAGGGGUUUUGUACUGGAUGGCUAACAUGACACAUAAAUACUUUGGAUAUCAUGUUAAACCCGUGAAACUGGAUAUUUUCAGUUUUUGGUUUCGCCUCUGUCUUCAGAUGCUCGGUUCAGCUCAGCUCAGUUCAAUUCAGUUCAGAAAACUUAAUUUAUCCCAGGGGGGCAGUUUGGUUUUGGCAGCUUACUCAGACUGUACACAGAGUAUCUUUACAAACAACAUAAUACAAGUACAUGUCAGAGACUACAAAUAAAUAAUCAGUACAUUGACAAAGACGCUCCAGCACUUUUAACUGUUAAAACAGCAUGCUGUGGCAAAUUUAACCAAACUUAACUGAGGCUCAAACUGUUGAUUAAAGAUGUUAUUAAUGUUUUAUUGAAAGUAUAGAUAGUCAUGUCCUACUUUAAUGGUGAUACAAACCUGUCCCAGUAACCUGACCUAUGACAGAAUGUAUACGUCAUGCUUCAAAAGACUAUAGCCUUACUGUAGAGAUACUGUAUGCACUGAAUGUAGUCUUUCUUGUUUGUCUGGUGACAUGAAAAAACAAGUUAAGCUGACCUAGAUGAGACAAGAAGUUCAUUUUAAAGUCUUUAACUGCUUAUCUCAACACAGCUUAACUUUAUUUACAUAGCACCUUCUCUAUAUACACAUAUGCAGCCCAGAAAAUGACUCUAAGUUCAAAGGAUGACAGAAACACUACAAUAAAUGAAUAAAUACAUAAAUAAAUAUAUUUUAAAUAGGAAAAAUGUAUUAAGACAAUGGUAAUUAUGCAGUCCGAGGCUAAAAAAGAGAGGAUUAGAAUUAUUCAAAGCGUAAAGCCAGAUUAAAAAGGUCAGUUUUUCGUCUAUAUCUAAAAAUCUGCCUUGAUAUCCAGAGACAGACAGAAACAAAAAGCUCUCUUGCAGUUGCUUGUGUGAGACACAUGAGGAGCAUAUAAAAGGGAAGGAUUUGAGGACUUUAGAGAUCUCACUGGAGCAUGAAAUUAUGGCAGAUCUGCUAAAAAAAACAAUUGGAAGAACUUUAAAACAAUUUCUAAAAGAAACAGUGAGAGUUUUACGAGGGGAUUUAUUCAAUCAAUUUCUUUUUUACAGGUCAAAACAAAGCUUUAUUCCAAUAGGAUGUUAAUUCAAACCAGGUCCUAAAAUCAGAUUAGAAAUGUUUGAUUUGAUUUGCCUGUUAAAACCUCAGAGCAAAGUUUAAGCUUCUUCUCUAGCUGCUUUAAAUUGUUAUUAAUUUUUGUUUUAUCCUCAAUCAGCUUUUAAAAUUUCCUAUUUAUCCAAACAUACAUGUCUGAAAGUCAGGUGGUCAGGGUUUGCAGUGCAUUUUGGUCAUGAGGUGAGACAAAAAUGUACAGUUGAAUGUCAUCUACAUAACAAUGGUAAUUGAUAUUAUGAUUAGUAAGAAUGUGUCCCCAUGGGAGAAUGUAUAAGGAAAAUAGAAUAGGCCCGAGAAUGCUUCCCUGAGGAAUUCCACAAUUACUUAAGAGUUUGUUUUGUUUUUCUUUGAGAAAUGUGGUUGUCUCUCUCUUUCAGGACUGCGUUAUUAAAGAUAAGAAUGUGUUUUUUGAAACUUUCAGGAUGAACAUAGUUUGCUUUCCCUCCAUCUAUUAUAAGUAGAGUCUGUUGGUUUGAACACUGAGACAAAUAAAACAGCAGAACACUGAAUUAGAUUACCAGCUGUCCUUGAGAUUCCACAGCUAGAGCCUUGUGGAGUGGAUGGGUAUGCAAGGCCAUGGCACGUUGGGAUGGAUUCUUGUGUAUGACGCAGAUUUGCUCAAAGGCCCAGACUGUCCUGCGCUUUAGAUUUAUGAAGAGCUGAUACAGUUGUCUGGCAUCUUAUCAUAGCAGAUAAUGCCACCUAUUUAUAGAUAAUCUAUCUAUUGAGCACAGAUGAGCCUCUGAUAUCACAGUGCAUCAGAUCCAGCAUGUGCGGUGGGUGUCUGUCAAGAAUUUGGUCCAUUCCAAGUGUUUGUGAUUGUGAACACAUAUAUCUGGAUUGGUUAUCCAACUUUAUAAUCAUAAAAUUCUCUGUGUGAGUCUGAGUUUAGCUGUCAAACACUACAUUUUUAAGUGCAUUGAUAAAGGAUGACUUGUGUAUUUACUUGACAAAUUAUAAAUAUCAUGUCAUGAGUUUUAUUUCUUGUUGCAACAAGCUGGCCCACAUCUGAGCUC